AUGAUAGAGACGCGACAGAUGCUUCGCGGUGGGACAACGUAUGAUCCGAUCCACGUUCUUCUCCUUGACUCAUCUAACUCAGUUCUCGGGUCCAAGAUUAUCUUCAAGGCGCAAGAUCCUUUUAAUCCGGAAUCUUGGACCGACGCGGUCCAUUUUGAGUUUGAAGGAUACGAUACGGAGCCAUUUUGGGACGAUGAUGGUAAGACAUACAUCAAUGGUGCCCACGCCUGGAAGAUCGGACCGUGGAUUCAGCAGGCGGAGGCCGAUCUCAACACCGGGAAAGUCGGCGAAUGGAGAACUAUCUGGAAUGGCACAGGCGGCAUGGCACCCGAAGGACCACAUAUCUAUCGUAAAGAUGGCUACUACUAUCUUCUGGCUGCCGAAGGCGGCACUGGGCUUGGCCAUAUGGUCACGAUGGCCCGCUCAAAGAGUAUUGGUGGUCCGUAUCAGUCAAAUCCAUUGAACCCUGUUCUGACCAACGCCAAUACUGCCAAUUAUUUUCAAACUGUCGGACACGCAGAUCUACUUCAAGAUGCCUCUGGGAAUUGGUGGUGUGUUGCCUUGGGCACGAGAUCAGGGCCAGAAUGGCGCAACUUUCCAAUGGGCCGAGAGACUGUCAUGACUUCGGUAACGUGGAACGAGGGGGGAUGGCCAUACUUUACCCCCAUCGAAGGGAAGAUGAGUGGCUGGGAGAUGCCGCUUGAGAAUCUGGAUAUUGAAGGCCCCGGCCCAUGGAUCUCACUGGGAGAAAAUGAAGGCGACGCGUUUGACUUCUCUCCGAAUUCGGCCCUUCCAGCUCACUUCACGUAUUGGCGGUAUCCGAUCGAAAGCUCAUACAUAGUUUCACCGCCUGAGAAGCCCAACAGCUUACGUCUGAUACCCUCCAAACUCAACCUCACCGCUCUAAAUGGGAACUACGCGGGUCCCGAUGGCCAGACAUUCAUUGGAAGAAGACAGCAAGACACGCUCUUCUCUUAUAGCGUCGAGCUUGACUUUCAACCAACCGAGGAGGAGGAAGAGGCCGGCGUUACGGUGUUUCUUACGCAGAACCAUCACCUCGAUCUCGGCGUUGUCUUGCUGCCCGCGAGCGCAAGUACGCAGGCCUUCCCUGGCCAGAAUUUGACGACGGGGGGAAAUCCGACUGAUCUCAAGCUUCAACUUCGGUUCCGAGCUAUGUCGUAUGUUGCUGUUCCCACUGAUAUCGUGGCACCAGUACCGGAGGACUGGCUUGAUAAACCACUCAGAUUGGAGAUUCGGGCUGUCAACAUGACACAUUACUCGUUCUCUGCUGGGCCAGCUGGGUCAGCUUUCCAGACCAAGACUCUUCUCUACGCCUCCAACGAUGCGGUUAGUUGGGGUUUCACAGGUGUAUUCCUCGGGGUGUAUUCGACUAGCAACGGGAGGACAGGAAAUACGCCUGCUUAUAUCUCAAACUGGAAUUACACCCCCGAGGUGCAGUUCAGAGAUUGA